AUGGUCGAGCUGCCUCCAGAGCUAUGGCUCUACCUCGCAGAAUUCAUCCCAGACAGUGAACUUAGAAAUCUCCUUGAUGUCAGCCGUAUCUUCUACGAGAUCGCGCUGAAUGUCAGAUAUAAGGAGAUCGCAAUAGAAGGCAUCGACUCGCGUACAGUUGCGCUGGAUCCAGAGGUUGCGAAAAGGGUCUUGCACCUGAGCAUCGUCUCUCACGGCACUCGCAGGCAGUUGAUCCACGAUGUCCAAAAAUUUCGGUUCGCAGACUUUGGCCGCCGUAAGAACCUCUCAGUAGAACGCGCUACCCAACUCCUCAUAGACGUUCUCACCGGCUUCACAAACCUAAAUGAAUUUUCUAUCGAUUUUUGGGGGCUUCCAUCCAGCUAUAAAUUGGUACCAUUCCUCAACGCCGCUUGGUCGACGUUUGGUAAACAGAUCCGUACCCUUUUCCUCUCGGGACAUUUGGAUGCGCUUCGUAUUAUCGUCGAGACCAGUACCCCAAUGGAAUCGCUCGAAUCGCUGAGAAUUCAGCUAACAGCUUCCAUUUACCCUCUGACAGAUGCCGGAAACUCGAUUGAAUCUGUCUUGGCUCUCAGAAAGUUCAUUAAUGGGUUGAGCCCUCGAUUGAAGACUCUCCGUCUGUGGUCAUGGGCAUCUACAGACGUAUCGAUGUUAUUUGUUGGUUUGGACCACUUUCCACUGUUGCACCGCUUCCACAUCCGCACCGCCUUCAAUAAAGCGUUCCCGUCAGAUCCAUCCGGUUUAUCCCGUUUCGUUCAAAGCCACGCAAGCACACUCUAUGAUCUACAAUUGUGGCUGCACCCUGCUGGAUCUUCCGUAGACCCCUCGAUGGACCAGCCACUAAGUGAAUGGUUGUUGGCUACCGUGGACCCAAUUCCGGAGUUUCCAGUAUUGAAAGACCUACAAUUCUACCCCACUCAUCUCCGUGGUGGUUUCGACGCCUUUCUUCUCACGAUACAGCGUUCAACGAAUACCCUUAUCAACCUCAUUUCGCGAGAUCAUUAUCUUUCAUCUCAGGAAACCAUUCGGCUUAUAGAUGCCUUGGCAUAUAAUGGUCCCAACAAAACCCUGAUAUCAUUGCGUCUUAAUAUGAUCGUUUUCACGGGGGACGUUAUUGAUGCAAUGGCCGAAAAGCUACCUGGCUUGGUGUCACUCAGGUUGUACAUCGGGGAUAACCAAGAAUCGUUUGAGGACAUCAUGAAUAAUCGCUCCUUGACCAGUUGGGGGUUGUAUGAUGUCGGAAUUUGGUGUGGGGGUUCGGUAUUUGAUGGUGAAUCGAUGCGACUACUUGCUCGUUGUAUUCCAUCGGUCCGAAGCUUCUGGGGCAAUGGACACAUGAAGACAGACAACACCCCUUGA